GGGAGGCGGGAGGCGGAUUUGCUCGGGGGGUGGAGGCGCUGGAGUAAAACUGAUGUAGCUGCGAGUCUGUCGUCAGAAAAGGAAACGAGUUACGAGUGAAAACAUCAAGGGACGACAUUCUUCUGCAGCUACACAUGAGAUUUCACCCCGCAAACAUGGAGACUGGUAAACUGGCUCAGAGGCUGGCUGAGGCCGGCCAGUCACAUCUACUGCAGUUCUGGGACCAGCUGAGUCCUGAGGAACAGGCAGAGCUGGCUCAAGAGCUCCAGGCGAUGGAUUUCCAGGAGAUCAACAAGUUCUUCAAGAGGGCCAUGGAGAUGUCUGGUCAGACCAAGCAAGAGAAGGUGGACGAGAGGAUGGAGCCGGUGCCACGCGAGGUUCUGGGCAGCGUCACGAGAGACAGGGAGUCUCUCAAAGAGUGGGAGAAAGAAGGUCUGAGAUGUAUAGCCCAGAAUAAAGUGGCAGUUCUGCUUCUGGCUGGAGGACAGGGAACCAGACUGGGAGUGGCGUAUCCUAAAGGCAUGUACGACGUCGGCCUGCCGUCACACAAGACCCUGUUUCAGAUCCAGGCUGAGCGCAUCCUCCGCCUGGAGCAGCUCGCGAAGAAGCAGUACGGCACCGAGUGCUGCAUUCCAUGGUACAUCAUGACGAGCGGCAGGACGAUGGGCUCCACGGAAAAAUUCUUCUCCAAGCACAAAUACUUCGGGCUGAAGAAGGAGAACGUUAUAUUCUUCCAGCAAGGCAUGCUUCCUGCCAUGGACUUCAACGGCAAGAUCAUACUCGAAGGCAAAGGCAAACUCUCCAUGGCACCAGACGGCAACGGAGGACUGUACCGAGCGCUGGGCGUGAACAAGAUCGUGCAGGACAUGGAGAGAAGAGGAAUCGGCUACAUCCACAUCUACUGCGUCGACAACAUCCUGGUGAAGGUGGCCGAUCCUGCUUUUGUUGGGUUCUGCGUGCAUAAGGGAGCAGACUGCGGUGCCAAGGUGGUGGACAAAACCAACCCGACCGAGGCAGUGGGCGUGGUCUGUAAGGUCGACGGACAGUACCAAGUGGUGGAGUACAGCGAGAUCACGAUAACGACGGCCCAGAAGCGCGCCGCAGACGGUCGGCUCAUGUUCAACGCCGGCAACGUGGCUAAUCAUUUCUUCUCCCUUCCCUUCCUCAAAGCCGUCGUCAACACCCAUGAGCCUCAGCUACAGCACCAUGUGGCUCGGAAGAAAAUCCCCUACGUGGACGCACGAGGCGAGCAGGUCAACCCCGACAAACCCAACGGAAUCAAGAUGGAAAAAUUUGUGUUCGACAUCUUCCAGUUUGCCAAGAGGUUCGUGGUGUAUGAGGUUUUGAGAGAGGACGAGUUUUCUCCGCUGAAGAAUGCAGACAGUCAGGACGGGAAGGACAAUCCCACGACCGCACGCCAGUCCCUCAUGUCCCUGCACCACCGCUGGAUCCUCAACGCAGGCGGACACUUCAUCGAUGAGAACGGAACCCGCGUGCCUGCUAUACCCAGACAUGGACCAGCAGGGGCGCACACAGCUGAUGGCCGCAAGAAUCUGAAGGAUGGAACUGACCUGCCAAUCAAAUGUGAGAUCUCUCCACUCGUGUCCUAUGGAGGAGAGGGACUGGAGACACUGGUGCAGGGUAAAGAUUUCCACCCAGCCUUGGUCAUUGAUGAGACUGGAAUCCAUGAACACGUGAAAAACGGAAUCUAAGCUGCAUGCAAACCAAUAGAGAAGCCGUUUACCCCUCCUGCCUCCCUCUUCCUAUCAGGCUGGGAGGAAAUGUGACAUUCUAGUGCAAUAAAAUGAAGGAACGAGGUCUUCACUGGCCUCCUGUAAUCCAAAACAAUCUAUUUAUUUUGCAAAACCUAUUUUUAUAUGAAUGCUUGUUUUGUUUUUUCCUAGAAUGUGAACGUGCAUGCUAGUCGUUGUUCAUACGUAAUUUAUACGAAUGUGUUUACUAUGAAUGAAAGAAUGAAUGUCAUGUCGUAUAAUCGAAUCAAAAAUGGUACAUGGGUUAAUGUUGAUGUUUGGCACCAGGGCCUUUUUUUUUUUUUAUCCAACAAUCAUUCAUACUGUGUAACAGGUAGAAAUUCCUCAGGACAAUAAGACAUUCAAAUUCACUAGCGGAUGCUCGCUAUACCACAUUCUACACCUUCUGUCUGUUUUUUGUUUGUUUGAUGCUCUGCACUCUGGACCUACACACGAUCCAUAGAGUUAAUGAAGAUAAAUGAAGAUUUUAAUAAACAAAUCAUACAGAACUGAGGCGAUUCAAAGUUCUAAGAGAGAUACUGUAAUAAUGUGGUCGAAAUUUUCAACAAUAAUUAAAAAAAAAAAAGAAUAAAUACUCUCUGAACACUUUAUGAAA